UCUUUUGCCUCUCCCCUCCAGUCCUCAGCGGCAGCAGCUGGGAAACUUUCAGCUCAUUCCCCUUCUCACUCUGCUGUCACUCUCAUUUUCCACCUUGUGGGGCCGGCCACCUGCAUCCCGAGCUCUCCAGCCAUCGUCCUGCCACCGGGGAGCUUCCUGAGAGUACAGGGAUUGUUUUCAUGAACACAAGAGACUGCGGGAUUUCAGUAAGGAAACUGGGACAUGGACAUGACACAAAAUAUGGAGCUGGUGAACCUGAACUUCCUCUCAGACACAGAGAGAGACCUAAUCUUACAAGUCCUGCAGAGAGAUGAGGAUCUUCGUAAAGUGGAAGAGAAGAGAAUCCGGAGGCUGAGGAAUGAACUUCUUGAUAUUCGAAGGAAAGGUGCUAAGAGAGGAAGUCAGCGUUACAGUGAACGGGCAUGUGGUCGCUGCAAGAAAAAUAUGGGAAGACUUGCUCCCAAAGCCAAUACUUGCCGAAGCUGCAAUCAUCUGGUGUGCAAAGAAUGCCGAAUGGAAAGUACUGGAGGUGGCUGGAAGUGCAAUGUGUGCAGCAAGGAAGCUGACCUUAAGAAAACAACAGGUGACUGGUUCUUUGACCAAAAGGUGAACCGCUUUGCUAACCGACUUGGGCGUGAAAUGGUGAGGAUGUCCUUACGGCAAAAGCCUCCAGCAAACAAAAGGGAAACAACUGCUCAAGCCCUCCUAGAAUAUUCCCAGCAUCUCAAUGAGCCAAAAACAAAGCAAGGACAGAGAAGUCCUCAACAACAACAGAGGAGUUCUGGCUCCCCAGAUCUCAGGGACCAGAAAAGUGACACUGAAUCUACAGAACAAAUGAGCCUUAGCAGCUACAAAACUGAUUCCAAGAGAAGCUCUCCAUCACUUUCAAGGAGGAAUUCUUUGGAAAAGGCCACUACCCUGCCAAAUCCAAAAAGAACACAGGGACCUACAGGGGCUAAUGCUGCCACCCUCACAGUGCCCGUUAGGUCAAGGCAUCGCCAGCAGUCUGACUCUGAGGGAGAGGCCCUUCUGGGGAAUCGAAGUGCAGGAUCUGCUGAUGAAAGUGAUACCCUAUUUAAAAAGAACCCACGAAGAGUCUUAAAACCUGCAGAUUACAGUAAAUCUGUCCUUGAUCUACGGCCAGAGGAAGCCACUCCGGAAGGAAAUGCACUAGGAGAUAGAAGCAAAUCUGUUCCACGCCUUAAUAUAGAAAUGGAAGAGCAAGAUGAGGAUAUUGACAACUUAGUGGAGAUUCAUCGCUUGUCAGCAGGCAGAAGCAGUUUACGUAGUGGGGCUUCCACGGGCACUCUGGGUAGCAUGAUGAGCAUCUACAGUGAGGCUGGAGAUUUUGGCAAUGUGAUCAUAACAGGAGAAAUUAUAUUUUCAAUUAAUUAUGAUGCCAAAGUACAGAUUUUGAAUGUUCAUGUGAAGGAAUGUCGGAAUCUCGCCUAUGGAGAUGAGCUAAAGAUGAGAUCAAAUCCGUAUGUUAAGUCUUACCUUUUGCCUGACCAAUCUCGUCAAGGGAAACGUAAAACUACAAUCAAACGUGACACCACAAAUCCAAUGUACAAUGAAGUUUUAAAGUAUAUAGUUCCAGAAUCUAUGCUAAAUAUGAGAUCCCUUGAGCUGUCUGUCUGGCAUUAUGAUCGAUUUGGCAGAAACACAUUUCUAGGGCAGGUGGAUCUUCCACUGGAUUCCUGGAACUUUGACAACUUGACAGAAGAGUGUCUUCCUUUGCAUGGAAAGGGAAACACGGAUAGUGGAGCUGGCUUUUAUAACUCCAAAGGGGAUCUGGUGGUUUCUCUGAAGUACGUUCCACCUACCAAGCCCUCUGGCAGCGAGAGGCGGAAAAAAAAAGUAGAUGAAGGGGGAGAACUUCAAGUCUGGAUUAAAGAAGCUAAAAACCUAACCGCUGUUAAGCCAGGAGGGACAUCUGACAGCUUUGUUAAAGGGUACCUGCUACCACUUAAGAACAAGAACACAAAGAGAAAGACCCCUGUUGUGAAAAAAGCCCUGAAUCCACAUUAUAACCAUACAUUUGUGUAUUCUGGUAUAAAGCCUGAGGAUCUUCAAAAUGUUUGUCUGGAGCUGACUGUCUGGGACAGAGAGCCACUGUCUAGCAAUGACUUCCUGGGAGGAGUGAGAUUGGGUAUUGGAAAUGGUAUUUCCAAUGGUGAGCAUGUAGACUGGAUGGACUCCACUGGGGAGGAGCUUAGCCUCUGGCAGAAAAUGCGGCAAUACCCAGGAUCCUGGGCUGAAGGAACCUUGCAGCUCCGUUCCUCAAUGGCCAAUCAAAAAUGAAAAAGCACUCAGCAGAGGGAGCGUACUCCAUCUUCUCACAGAUAACAAACAAAGCAUUUUUAUCACAGUGCUCUUUGCAUUACAAAAUGUGUAGCAAUUUUUUAAUCUGCUAUUAAUGUAUAUUUGUAUUGAUUUUUUUUAAAUACAUGUGGUGUAAAAGGUUUUCCCAGAUCAAAAGGUUCUGGCCAUAAGACAUUUCUUGUUCUCAGAACCGAAUAUUACGAGUGGUGGUUCUGACCUGUAGCUGUAUCUACCAAACCACCUAUAGUAUGCAAAGGUUUAUGUUGAAACUUUAUAUGUAUUUGUGGACAUUUCAUGUAGUAAAGAACAUCUACCAGACACUAUUUAUACAUGUUUUCAGAUGAAAACUGCUGACUUGUGAAGAAAACACAGCUGUAAAGAAGUUCUUACCUAUCACAGUGCACUUACACAUCAAAAUCCAGAUUAAGUACUUUAUAACCUAUGGCUAAAUUGGGCAAACAAUACAGUAAGAGCUACACUGCUGCCUCUUUUUUACCUUUACUAAAAUGUUCUUUUAUGAGGACAAAUUUGCCAAUCUACCUCUUGUUUGCUAAACAAGACUAUAUCCCAUUGGUUGGGCCUUCUCUGGACAAGACAGCACAGCUCCUAGAUGACUUCCCUCACCUGUAUGACUGUUAUUGCAUGUGUAGUGCCUUGAACCUUAUGUAAUCACCCUCUGUAGGAACUGUACAGCCAACACACAAACACAGAUUUGUUCCUGAUCCCUAGCAAACCAGUUUGUAGAUUUAUACAUCAUAUCUAUCGGGUCAGGCCAAGCAGAUCAUUAGACACCCCGGUCGGCUACCCCCACUGGGGCAGGAGGAGAGAGGAGGGAGUUGAAAGCAGCAGGGGAGCAAACCUGGACUAGGGGUGGGCAGAAGACUUUUGAACUGGUACCUGCCCAGCACCCACACAUCGUUGUGCCUUUUCUGCCUAGCCCUAGUUUCAGCCCUGUUGUCUAUCCAAGUAUGUGGCAAAGUUGUAUGCAGAUAUCCCAAAACUAAGUAAUAUUAAUAACUAAUAAAAAUAAUGGCAACUUGUUAUAGCCAUACAAGGGGAAUUUUCUGUUGUGUUGGGAUGUUUCUGUGAUUGCUAAUAUUAAUGUAAGCCUUUGUCUGUAUAUAUAUAUAUCUUUGUACAUGAUUGUUUUAAAAAUAAAUUAUGGAUCUAUAAAUUGGGUCAAACAUUUUGUGAAAACCAACGAAUACACCGAUAAAAUAAACAGAUCUAUUCUUGA